GAGCGCGGCCGAGCUGUCAGCGGGCGGACCGGACGGGGGCGAGCGCGCGGCCAGCCGAGCGCGCAGCCCUGCCAGCCCGGAGCCGGAGCGCGCCCACGCGGGGAGGCCGCCUGCCUGCCGCCGGCCGACCGCAGCGGGACGGAGAUGCUGCUCCUCUGCCCGGUGCCGGCACGCGGGCGGGGCCGGGGGCGGCCGGCGGGCGCUCCCCGCUGCGGGCUCCCGCCGCGCUGGAGCCCCGCCUGGAUUUGCUGCUGGGCGCUCGCCGGCUGCCAAGCGGCCUGGGCUGGGGACCUGCCCUCCUCCGGCCGCCCGAUGCCUCCUUGCCGGGAGAAUGAUUACCACUUUGAAUAUACAGAAUGUGAUAGCAGUGGCUCCAGGUGGAGAGUUGCCAUUCCGAAUUCUGCUGUGGACUGCUCUGGCCUGCCUGACCCAGUGAGAGGCAAAGAAUGCACUUUCUCCUGUGCUUCUGGAGAGUAUCUAGAAAUGAAGAACCAGGUAUGCAGCAAGUGCAGUGAAGGCACCUACUCCUUGGGCAGUGGCAUCAAAUUUGAUGAAUGGGAUGAAUUGCCUGCUGGAUUUUCCAACGUUGCGACAUUCAUGGACACUGUGGUUGGCCCUUCUGACAGCCGGCCAGAUGGCUGUAACAACUCUUCUUGGGUCCCUCGGGGAAAUUACAUAGAGUCAAAUCGUGAUGACUGCACAGUGUCUUUGAUCUAUGCUGUGCACCUUAAGAAGUCGGGUUAUGUCUUCUUUGAGUACCAGUAUGUCGACAACAACAUCUUCUUUGAGUUCUUUAUUCAAAAUGAUCAGUGCCAGGAGAUGGACACCACCGCAGACAAGUGGGUGAAACUCACAGACAAUGGAGAAUGGGGUUCGCAUUCUGUAAUGUUGAAAUCAGGCACAAACAUUCUAUACUGGAGAACUACAGGCAUCCUUAUGGGUUCUAAGGCGGUCAAGCCAGUGUUGGUAAAAAAUAUCACAAUUGAAGGGGUGGCAUAUACAUCAGAAUGCUUUCCAUGCAAGCCGGGCACCUUCAGCAACAAGCCAGGUUCGUUCAACUGUCAAAUUUGUCCCAGAAACACCUAUUCUGAGAAAGGAGCCAAAGAAUGCAUAAACUGUGAUGACAACUCCCAAUUUUCAGAGGAAGGAUCCAGCAAAUGUAUGGAGCGACCUCCCUGUACCACAAAAGACUAUUUCCAGAUCCACACUCCGUGUGAUGAAGAAGGAAAGACACAGAUAAUGUACAAGUGGAUAGAGCCCAAGAUCUGCCGGGAGGAUCUUACAGAUGCUAUUAGGUUGCCCCCUUCUGGAGAGAAGAAGGAUUGUCCACCUUGCAACCCUGGAUUUUAUAAUAAUGGAUCGUCUUCUUGCCAUCCCUGCCCUCCUGGAAUGUUUUCGGAUGGAACAAAGGAAUGUAGGCUGUGUCCAGCAGGAAUGGAGCCUGCACUCGGGUUUGAAUAUAAAUGGUGGAAUGUCCUUCCUGGCAACAUGAAAACUUCCUGCUUCAAUGUUGGGAAUUCAAAGUGUGAUGGAAUGAAUGGUUGGGAGGUGGCUGGAGAUCAUAUCCAGAGUGGGGCUGGAGGUUCUGAUAAUGAUUACCUGAUCUUAAACUUACAUAUCCCAGGAUUUAAACCACCAACAUCUAUGACUGGAGCCAUGGGUUCUGAACUGGGAAGAAUAACGUUUGUCUUUGAAACCCUCUGUUCGGCUGAUUGUGUUCUGUAUUUCAUGGUGGAUAUCAAUAGAAAAAGUACCAAUGUGGUGGAGUCAUGGGGUGGAACCAAAGAAAAACAAGCUUACACCCAUGUUAUCUUCAAGAAUGCAACAUUUACAUUUACAUGGGCAUUCCAGAGAACUAAUCAAGGUCAAGAUAACAGACGGUUCAUCAAUGACAUGGUGAAGAUUUAUUCCAUCACUGCCACUAAUGCAGUGGAUGGGGUGGCAUCCUCGUGCCGUGCCUGUGCCCUCGGGUCUGAGCAGGCGGGCUCAUCGUGUGUCCCCUGCCCCCCAGGCCACUACAUCGAGAAGGAAACCAGCCAGUGCAGGGAGUGUCCACCUGACACCUACCUGUCCGUACGCCAGGUCUAUGGCGAGGAGGCUUGCAUUCCCUGUGGGCCUGGCAGCAGAAGUGCUCAGGACCACUCAGUUUGCUACAGUGACUGCUUUUUCCACCAUGAAAAAGAAAAUCAGAGUUUGCACUAUGACUUCAGCAACCUCAGCAGCGUGGGCUCGUUAAUGAAUGGCCCCAGCUUUACCUCCAAAGGAACAAAAUACUUCCAUUUCUUCAAUAUUAGUUUAUGUGGGCACGAGGGGAAGAAGAUGGCUCUCUGUACCAACAAUAUAACAGAUUUUACAGUAAAGGAAAUGGUGGCAGGGUCAGAUGAUUACACGAAUUUGGUAGGAGCAUAUGUAUGCCAGUCAACUAUUAUUCCUUCUGAAAGUAAGGGUUUCCGAGCAGCCUUAUCAUCACAAUCCAUCAUUCUGGCAGAUACAUUUUUAGGAGUGACAGUUGAAACCACACUGCAAAAUAUUAAUAUAAAAGAAGAUACAUUCCCAGUUCCAGCCAGCCCAAUACCAGAUGUGCAUUUCUUUUAUAAAUCUUCUACAACCACGACAUCCUGUGUUAAUGGCCGAUCAACUGCUGUGACAAUGAGGUGUAAUCCUGCUAAACCAGGAGCAGGAGCGAUUUCAGUUCCCAGCAAGUGCCCAGCAGGCACCUGUGAUGGAUGUACGUUCUAUUUCCUGUGGGAGAGUGCUGAAGCUUGCCCUCUGUGCACAGAGCAUGACUUACACGAGAUUGAGGGAGCCUGUAAGAGAGGAUUUCAGGAAACCUUGUAUGUGUGGAAUGAACCUAAAUGGUGCAUUAAAGGAGUUUCUUUGCCUGAGAAAAAAUUGUCAACCUGCGAAACAGUUGACUUUUGGCUGAAAGUGGGAGCAGGUGUAGGAGCUUUCACAGCUGUUUUGCUGGUGGCUCUAACUUGCUACUUCUGGAAAAAGAAUAAGAAACUGGAGUACAAAUAUUCCAAAUUAGUAAUGACGACUAACUCAAAAGAGUGUGAACUCCCAGCUGCAGACAGUUGUGCUAUCAUGGAAGGAGAAGAUAAUGAAGAGGAAGUUGUAUAUUCCAAUAAACAGUCACUACUGGGAAAACUCAAAUCCUUGGCAACAAAGGAAAAAGAAGACCAUUUUGAAUCUGUUCAGCUGAAAUCCUCAAGAUCUCCAAAUAUAUGAAAUGAAAACGCUGUAGCCUUCAGACUAAUGAACAAGGAAAUCUGCUUUCUAGUUUUACAGGGCAAUAGUUUAGAUCUUGUCCUUGUACCUGGUACAUUGGUGGUCUCACUGAGGAGGGCCAUGCCUGUUGAAAAGGGAUGGGGGUUGAAAUGUUUGAUUGCCUUACCACAUGGUCUGAUAUCUUGCCAAAAAUAGGAAAGCAAAUGGUUUGGGUCUCAACUGAAGAUGAAGUUCAACUCAGGAAGAGAUUUAUCUGUAUAUAACUGAAAAAAACCCAGGUUGAGCCCACCAGUGCACUGUUGAUGCAUGCCAUACAAUUAAUGGGUAACUUUUAUUCUUUGUAACUUCUACAUAACAAGUGUGCUCUGGAGGGCAGAUGUGAGCAUAUGCAUUGUGAUCCCAUUUAUGUCUUUUCUUUGUUUAUAUUUGGGGUAAGAUUUGAAAAAAUUUUUUAAGGUAUAGUUAUUUUUCCCAUUAUUUAUUUUCCUGAAAAACCUGAAAACAUCUUUUCUAUAAAAAAUGGUGAACAAAGAAAGAAAAUAAAUUUUUCAUUUUUCCAUAGGGUAUCUUUCUUGACUUCAGAAGCCUAAGUAAGCAGUACUUUUUUAGGAGAGUCAGCAUGUGCUUGGGUUAUCUAAACUACUAUUUGCCUUUGAAAUUCUAUCCUUUUUGGAACUGGUAAGAAGGGCUUGACUGAAAUUGUUGAAUGAAUCAUUUAAAAAAAAAAGGCAAAGAGAAGCAUUGGCUUUCCAUUAAUACAAAUAAGCUGACACAGUCAUAGAAGUCAAGUAAGUUAAAACAGUUUAUGUAAUGCUCAAAGUAGAAUUAAAAAUGAGUGUAAAAUCUUCUUUAUCAAAUCACUUGCAAAACCAUGGAGAAGGUGGGAUGGCUUAUGUAUAAGUACAGGCAACUAAUACAGAGGUAUUGGGGUAAUUUCGUGUUCUCCAGAUAAUGGCAGGGGACAUUUGCCCUAUAUCAAGCAUCAAAGGUUAUUUGUUGUUUUUGUUUUUUUCCUGCUAAGACAUUGAGGUUUAUGACUUCCGUGGAAGUUUUUCAUUUCAAGUCAAUAAGGCAGGAAUUCAAUUUUAGAAAAUUGCAUAUAAAUUGUAUUCAUAAUAAGAAUGUGGUUUGUACCACAAGCAGUUAUGAAAUAAUUGUUGUUCUUGUUCAAAGGUGAUCCAGAUAAUUAUGUUAUUUCCAAUGAUGGGCAGGUUACCAGUAUUAGCAUGACUUGCAUAUUACUUGUUGAAAGAAAUUUGAAUGAAGUUGGAUUUAACCAAUGUUGUGUAAACCUUAAUUGUUUUAGAUCUGGGGAAGAGGGGAGUUUCCUGGCCAUUGAUGAUCUAAGGUGCUCUGGUUUGCUUCUAAUAAACAGUAAUCUUUACAGAUCUUAAUACAGAUUUUUAAAUAAGACUGGUAACUGGUUGAGAGAGGCAGGGUAUACGGGCAGGGUUUGUUGAAUAUUUUGCCUCAAGUCUUUAAAUGAGGUAAGACUUAUAACUUUUGAUUCAGCAGGUGAUGUCUUUAUUUUUGUGGAAAAUGGGAGAAAAAUAAAUAAUUGCAUCUGUUUGACUGGUGGGUAAAACACUGGAUCACUUUGUUGUUGAAUGACUGUUUUGUGUACAUCUCUGCUGUUGGAUUUAUGCAUAUAGAUGAGGUUAUCAUUGUUUUAUUGUUCACUGUGAAGUUCAGGGAGGGUGUCAUUUAGCAUAAACCUUUUUGAUGUUUAAUUUCUUAAAUCUUAUUAGAAAGGGGAAAUUAUUCUGGCUUUGCCCAUGUUAUCCUGCUAACCAUGCUGAGUAGCCUUUCCCCAUCUUGAUAAAAAUGUAAACAGAAGACUGAAAGUACAUUUGAAACGCACCCUUUCAGAGGAGUCCUGGCAAAGUUGUACAGACUGAGCAAGUCAGAAUGUCUCCACAGAGUCACCUGUGACCUCUCCCUUCAUCUUCAGCCACACUCGACAUGCAUGUCACAAGCUGUAGAGGUGAUCGGGAUUUGCUCCCAGGUAGCAUCCUUCUCCUCCUGUCACUGGACUAAAACCUCUGACAUAUCAAAAAUGUCUGAUAUUUUAAUGAGCUCUGAAAAUAUAGUUGGUAACUGAAGAACUUAUUUAUUUCAUUUCUAAUCUUAGAUAUUAAACAGAUUUUGUCAGCUCAGUCCCAUCUUUGGAAAGGAGUUACCUAUUUCCUUUAGAUCCCAGGGGUUGGUCAUUUUACUCCAAGCACUGAAGAAGUGUGACAGAAAAAAUAUUAGAAGGAAAAUAUUCAGACAAAUCCUGGCUAUAAAACUUAUUUUAUUUGUCUCACCUCUUUGCACAGCUCAGUGGAGUAUUGGAAGGCAUGAACAAAUUGAUCAUGUUUCUAUAACAUUUAAAUGCUAUUUAUUGUUCCUUUGCCUCCCUGAGUAGUACAACAAGUUGUUUUUCUAAAAGGCACAGUUUUGAAGCCUUAAAUACUUCAUUAAGUCAACUGUCACCUAUAAUAUCUCCUAGCACUCUGUCAAAACAUAUUUGAAUCAGUUUUCCACUGGAUGAAAUAAUGACUUCUAUGGAUAAAUUAAAUCAUGCCAUUUAACAAUGUUGAGCAAUUUAGUAUGUGUCCACUGGAUUUAAAAGUCUGAAUUUGGUUCAUAUUGACUAUUCUCCUCUUUGGUUACUAGUAGUCAAGUCCUUUCCAGGAUUAAAAAUGUUUCAUAGUA